GGCCCUUCCCUUUUGAGCGAUGGGCGCCCUGUGAGACCGGUCCCCCUCAUCGGGGGUGGAUGUAGGAGGCGACUGACUGACUCGGAGUCCUCAGACCCGGCCUUCCCCAAGUCUUCUUCAGCCCCUCCCACUCUCUUUUGCCCUGGAGCUGCCACCGCGGGGGAGUCUUUGCUCGUCCCUUUCUCGCUUUGCCGCCGCCCUCAGGGCCUAGCCGGCCCAGCUCGGAAGCGGCGGCGGCGGUGGGGGGCUGGAGCCGUCGCCGCAUCUGCAGCAUCCGCUUCGACUCGGUGCCGGCUCCUUGCCCUGCCCCUCAUGACUGCAGCACCUCUGCUGCUACAAUCUUCCUGGCUUCCCCUCGCCGCAGGAUGGAUGCGGACCGUAAGGCGCUAACCCUCGUGGCUUCACUUCUGAAUUGCCCGCCGACGAGCCCGCCUCGUGAGCCACAGCAACCUCGGUGUCAGCAGCCGCCGCAACUGGGCCCAGAGUCCCGAUUCUCCUCUCGGGCGGCUUGCCAGUGCUGAGUGUGAAGAGUCCUCCGGGUCGAUCCGAACCCUCCGGGGAGGAGGAGUCGUAGUAGCGGGGCCCUACCGACCUUGCCCACUCCCCUGGGUCGGCCCUUCACUCUCUUUUUCAUUCACAAAUUCGAGCUCUUUCGCCUCACUCCCGCGGACCGACCAUGUCUGGCGGCGCCGCAGAGAAGCAGAGCAGUACUCCCAGCUCCCUAUUCCUCUCGCCGCCGGCGCCUUCCCCCAAGAAUGGCUCCAGCUCUGAUUCAUCCGUGGGGGAGAAACUGGGGACUGCGGGCACCGAUGCUGGCACUGGCAGGAUUGAGGAGUACCGGCGUCGCCGCCACACUAUGGACAAGGACAGCCGUGGGGCGGCGGCGACCACCACUACCACCGAGCACCGUUUCUUCCGCCGGAGCGUCAUCUGCGACUCCAACACCACUGCGUUGGAACUGCCCGGACUCCCGCUUUCCCUUCCCCAGCCCAGCCUCCCCGCGGUUGUUCCGCAGAACGUUCCAUCAGAGCCCCACCGGGAGGAGACAUUGACCGCCGCGGUUGUUUCCCAGGUCGCCCAGCAGCCUCCAGCCGCGGCUGCCCCCGGGGAACCAGCGGUCGCGGGCCCCUCCGCCGCGAUUGCCCCCAGCAGUACGAGCAAAGAGCGCCCAGCCUCCCGGCCCAGCCAGGGGGGAAGCAAAGAGGAGCUUCCAUCAGGGAGAAGCGGCAGCGGCGGCGGCAGCGCCAGGGAGCCACCGGAGGAGCGGAGCCAACAACAGGAUGAUAUCGAAGAGCUAGAGACCAAGGCGGUGGGAAUGUCCAAUGAUGGCCGCUUUCUGAAGUUUGACAUCGAAAUCGGCAGAGGCUCCUUUAAGACUGUCUACAAAGGGCUGGACACUGAGACUACUGUGGAAGUCGCCUGGUGUGAGCUGCAGGAUCGAAAGUUAACGAAGUCUGAGAGGCAGAGAUUUAAAGAAGAAGCUGAAAUGUUAAAGGGUCUUCAGCAUCCCAAUAUUGUUCGAUUCUAUGAUUCUUGGGAAUCUACAGUAAAAGGAAAAAAGUGCAUUGUUUUGGUGACUGAACUUAUGACAUCUGGCACACUUAAAACGUACCUGAAAAGGUUUAAAGUGAUGAAGAUCAAAGUCUUAAGAAGCUGGUGCCGUCAGAUCCUUAAAGGACUUCAGUUUCUUCACACAAGAACUCCACCUAUUAUUCACCGAGAUCUUAAGUGUGACAACAUCUUUAUCACUGGCCCUACGGGCUCAGUCAAGAUUGGAGACCUGGGACUGGCAACCUUGAAGCGGGCUUCUUUUGCCAAGAGUGUGAUAGGUACCCCAGAGUUCAUGGCCCCUGAAAUGUAUGAGGAGAAAUAUGAUGAAUCUGUUGACGUUUAUGCUUUUGGGAUGUGCAUGCUUGAGAUGGCCACGUCUGAAUACCCUUACUCAGAGUGUCAAAAUGCUGCGCAGAUCUACCGUCGUGUGACCAGUGGAGUGAAACCUGCCAGUUUUGACAAAGUAGCAAUUCCUGAAGUGAAAGAAAUUAUUGAAGGAUGCAUACGGCAAAACAAAGAUGAAAGAUAUGCAAUCAAAGACCUUUUGAACCAUGCCUUCUUCCAGGAGGAAACAGGGGUACGGGUAGAAUUAGCAGAAGAAGAUGAUGGAGAAAAGAUUGCCAUUAAACUAUGGCUACGUAUUGAAGAUAUUAAGAAAUUAAAGGGGAAAUACAAAGACAAUGAAGCUAUUGAGUUUUCCUUUGACUUGGAGAGAGAUGUGCCAGAAGAUGUUGCUCAAGAAAUGGUAGAGUCUGGGUAUGUCUGUGAAGGGGAUCACAAGACCAUGGCUAAAGCUAUCAAAGACAGAGUGUCAUUAAUUAAAAGAAAAAGAGAGCAGCGGCAGUUGGUGAGGGAAGAGCAAGAAAAAAGAAAACAGGAAGAGAGCAGUCUCAGACAACAGGUAGAACAACAAUCAAGUGCUUCCCAAGCAGGAAUCAAACAACUCCCUUCUGCUACUAAUACCGGCAUACCUGCUGCCUCCAUCACUUCAGCUUCAGUUUCUACACAAGUAGAGCCUGAAGAACCUGAGGCAGAUCAACAUCAACAACUACAGUACCAGCAACCUAGCAUAUCUGUGUUAUCUGACGGAACAGUUGACAGUGGCCAGGGAUCUUCUGUCUUCACAGAAUCCCGAGUGAGCAGUCAACAGACAGUUUCAUAUGGUUCCCAACAUGAACAGUCACUUUCUACAGGCACAGUCCCAGGACAUACAGCUUCUGUUGUCCAAGCACAAUCUCAGCCUCAUGGGGUAUAUCCACCUUCAAAUGUGCCUCAGUCCAUGGUGCAUCCGUGUGGGGGGACCCCAACAUACCCAGAAUCACAGAUAUUUUUCCCAACUAUUCAUGAACGUCCAGUUUCCUUUUCACCACCUCCUACCUGUCCACCGAAGGUAGCCAUUUCCCAGCGGCGUAAGAGCACGUCCUUCCUGGAAGCCCAAACUCGCCACUUCCAACCCCUGCUGAGGACUGUUGGCCAAAAUCUUCUUCCACCUGGUGGCACCCCAACUAACUGGACACCAGAGACCGUAGUUAUGUUGGGUACAACGGCCAAUAGAAUAACUGGAGAGCCGUGUGAGAUACAGGUCCAUCCUAUGUUUGAACCAACUCAAGUUUAUGGUGACUAUAGAUCUACACUAGUACCUCCAGAAGAUGCUCACUAUUUUAUUCCUCAGGAAGCAAUGUAUCUAGCUGGGGUACAUUACCAGGCCCAGGUGGCAGAACGGUAUGAUGGCAUUGCAUACAACUCACCAGUAUUGUCAAGUCCUAUGAAGCAGAUACCUGAACAGAAGGCAGUACAAAGUGGUCCUCCUUCAAGUUCUAUCUUUGAAUUUCCAUCUGGACAGGCUUUCCUGGUAGGACACCUUCAGAAUUUAAGAUUAGAUUCUGGAGUGAGUCCAGGAUCUCCCCUCUCUAGUAUUUCUGCACCUACCAGUACAGAUGCUACACUUUUGAAAUUUCAUCCUGUCUUUGUUCCUCAUUCUGCGCCUGCUGUGUUAACUCAUAACAAUGAGGGUAGAAGCAAUUGUGUAUUUGAAUUUCAUGUUCACACAUCAAGCUCCUCUUCAGGAGAAGGAGGUGGAGUUGUACCUCAGCAUGUUUACCGAAAUCGGCAGGUUACAGUGGACUUGAAUCAGGAAGAACCACCUCCUCAAUCCAUUGGAUUACAUGGUCGCCUGCAGCCUGUGACUGAAGAGCAGUAUAAUUACCAUGCCCCACAAUUGACCAUUUCUAUGGUAGAGCCUAUCGGACAGAACUGGCCAAUAGGAAGCCCCGAAUAUUCCAGUGAUUCUUCACAGAUUACUUCUUCAGACCCCAGUGAUUUUCAAUCACCUCCCCCUACAGGGGGAACAGCUGCAUCUUUUGGCUCUGACGUCUCAUUGCCCUUUAUCCAUCUGCCUCAGACAAUGUUACAAGAAUCCCCACUUUUCUUCUGUUUCCCCCAAGGAACCACAUCUCAGCAGGUCUUAGCUGCUUCAUUUCCUACAGGAGGAUCUGCACUCCAUCCACAGGCACAGGGGCAGAGCCAAGGUCAGCCAGCCUCAAGUAGCUUAACAGGGAUUCCAUCUUCCCAGCCCAUGCAGCAUCCUCAGCAGCCACAAGGAAUACAGCAGACAGUCCCUCCUCAGCAGAUAGGGCAAUAUUCACUUCCACAGACAUCAGCCUCUAGUGAGGCCACUGAGUGUGUACAGCCAGUGAGUCAACCUCAUGUGCCACAGGUCUUGCCACAGGCAUCAGCUGGAAAACAGGGUUUCCCAUCUCGACUGCCACCACAAUACCCAGGAGAUUCAAAUAUUGCUCCCUCUUCCAGCGUGGCUUCUGUUUGCAUCCCUUCUGCAGUCCUAUCCCCUCCCAUGCCCACAGAAGCAUUGGCUACACCAGGUUACUUUCCUACAGUGGUGCAGCCUUAUGUGGAAUCAAAUCGUAUGGUUCCUGUGGGUAGUAUAGGAGGACAGGUUCAAAUGCCCCAACCAGCAGUGAGUUUAGCACAACAAGCGCCCCCUACAUCCUCCCAGCAAGCAGCUCUGGAGAGUACCCAGGGAGUCUCUCAGGUUGCUCCUCCAGAGCCAGUCCCAACAACACAGCCACAGCCUGCCCAGCCUACCACAUUGGUCUCCUCUGUAGACAGUGCACAUUCAGAUGUUGCUUCAGGUAUGAGUGAUGGCAAUGAGAACAUCCCAUCUUCCAGUGGAAGGCAUGAAGGGCGAACUACAAAACGGCACUAUCGGAAAUCUGUAAGAAGUCGCUCUCGUCAUGAAAAGACUUCACGCCCAAAACUGAGAAUUCUGAAUGUUUCAAAUAAAGGAGACCGAGUAGUAGAAUGUCAGUUAGAGACUCAUAAUCGAAAAAUGGUUACAUUCAAAUUUGAUCUAGAUGGUGACAACCCUGAGGAGAUAGCAGCAAUUAUGGUGAACAAUGAUUUUAUUCUAGCAAUAGAGAGAGAGUCAUUUGUGGAUCAAGUGCGGGAGAUUAUUGAAAAAGCUGAUGAAAUGCUCAGUGAGGAUGUCAGUGUAGAGCCAGAAGGUGACCAGGGUUUGGAGAGUCUACAGGGAAAGGAUGACUAUGGCUUUUCAGGGUCUCAGAAGUUAGAAGGGGAGUUCAAACAACCAACUCCUGCAUCUUCCAUGCCACAGCAAAUAGGUGUAGCUACAAGUUCUUUAACUCAAGUUGUUCAUUCUGCUGGAAGACGGUUUAUAGUGAGUCCUGUACCCGAAAGUCGAUUACGAGAAUCAAAAGUUUUCACCAGUGAAAUCUCAGAUACGGUUGCUUCCUCUACAUCUCAUGGUCCUGGGAUGAACUUGUCACACUCGGCUUCCUCCCUUAGUCUGCAGAAGGCCUUUUCUGAACUUAAACAUGCCCAAAUGACAGAAGGACCCAGUACAGCACCUCCAGACUUUAGUCUUAAAGGACCAACAUUUCCAGUAGUAUCUCCUCCCAUGAGUAGCAUUCCUGGAGUCCCAACCACAGGAGCCGCCACAUCAUCGAUAGCAGUCCCUGCAACUAGCAGCCCUCUUACUGACAUAUCCACAUCAGUAAUUCAGUCUGAAGUUACAGCGCCCACUGAAAAAGGAAUCACUCAGGUUAUAACUUCAAGUGGUCUCCCUAUACCAGCUGUGUCUGAGCCACCAAUACUCACCAAUGUGGUUUCAAGUAUCACCAUACCUACAACUGUCUCAAUGUGUACAACAUCCCAGUCAGUUCUGCCCCCCACAUGUGGGAGCAUUGUUUCUAGUACAGGCACUCUCCCCUCUAUAGCAGUUACUACGACUUCAACCUCUGCUGCAGGCAGCACUGUUGCCCCAGGUGCUAAGCCUCCAACUGUAUUAUCUCAGCAGGCUGUAGGCAGUACUACUGGAGUAAGCACACUACUGUCAGUUUCUACCACCACUCCAUUUCCAAGCAUAGCUCCACAGCCGUCCGUUCAGUUUAGCAGCAGUAGCUCUGCUCCUACUUUAGCUGAAACAGUGGUGGUAAGUGCACACUCACUGGAUAAAACAUCUCAUAGUAGUGUACCUGGAUUGGCUUUUUCUCUCCCUGCACCAUCUUCCUCUUCAUCCCCUGGAACAGGAGUGUCUAGUUCUGUUACUCAGCCUGGAGGGAUACAUCCUUUGGUCAUCCCAUCAGCUAUAGCUUCUGCUCCCGUCCUUCCCCAAGCAACAGGACCUAUUUCUACACCUUUAUUACCCCAAGCACCCAGUGUCCCACCAUUAGUACAACCUGUUGUCAAUGUGCCUGCUGUACAGCAGACACUAAUUCAUAGUCAGCCACAGCCAGCUUUGCUUCCCAAUCAGCCCCAUACUCACUGCCUUGAAAUAGAGGCUGAUACACAAACCAAAGCUCCUGGAAUUGAUGACAUAAAGACCCUGGAGGAAAAACUGCGGUCUCUCUUUAGUGAACACAGUUCAUCUGGAACUCAGCAUGCCUCUGUCUCACUGGAGACAUCACUAGUAGUGGAGACUACUGUCAUGCCUGGCAUCCCAACCACUGCUGUUGCACCAGGCAAACUCAUGACCUCUACUACAAGUAGUUGCUUACCACCGACUAGUUUGCCAGUAGGAACAACUGGUUUGUCAGUGGUCACACCUGGGCAAGUUUCUACCCCAGGCAGCUAUAUUUCAGCCCCAGUCAGCACUACAUCAGGCGUGAAACCUGGAGUUGCUCCCUUUAAACCACCUUUAACUAAAGCUCUGGUGCUGCCAGUAGGUACUGAACUUCCAGCUGGUACUCCACCCAGCGAGCAGCUGCUGCCUCUUCCAGGACCUUCACUAACUCAGUCCCAGCAACCUCUGGAAGAUCUUGAUGCUAAAUUGAGAAGAACACUUAGUCCAGAGACGAUUGCAGUGACAUCUGCAGUUGGUCCUAUGUCCGUGGUGGCUUCAUCAGCAGUUUCAGAAACAGGAGCACAUCCUCAGAAGGAUGUUUCUCGAGUCACAGAAGACCCUGCCCUAGCAACCAGUUCAGGAACUGGUGUUUUUAAGAUGGGACGAUUUCAGGUUUCAGUUACGACAGAUGAUGCCCAAAAAGAAGGUAAAAAUAAGUCUGAAGAUACAAAGUCUGUUCAUUUUGAAUCCAGCACUUCAGAGUCCUCAGCACUAUCCAGCAGUAGUCCGGAGAGUACCCUGGUGAAGCCCGAGCUGAAGGGAACAACCACCCAUGGCAUCUCUUCAGAUGUACCAGACAGUGCCCACAAAACCCCUGUGGCGGAGGCAAAGUCAGAAACUGGGCAGCCUACUGGUAUUGGGCGUUUCCAGGUGACAGCUACAACAAACAAAGUGGGUCGUUUCUCUGUAUCAAGAACUGAGGACAAGAUCACAGUGGCAAAGAAAGAGGGGCCAGUGGCAUCUCCUUCUUUCACAGAUUUGGAACAAGCUGUUCUUCCUGCUGUGAUACCAAAGAAAGAGAAGCCUGAACUGUCAGAGCCUUCACAUCUGAAUGGGCCAUCUUCUGAUCUGGAGGCUGCCUUCCUAAGUAGAGAUGUGGAUGAUGGUUCAGGUAGCCCACACUCUCCUCAUCAACUGUGCUCAAAGAGCCUUCCUAUCCAGAAUCUAAGUCAGAGCCUUAGUAAUUCAUUCAACUCCUCUUAUAUGAGUAGUGACAAUGAGUCAGAUAUUGAAGAUGAAGACUUAAAGUUAGAGCUGCGACGGCUACGAGAAAAACAUCUUAAGGAGAUUCAAGACCUGCAGAGUCGCCAGAAACAUGAAAUUGAAUCUUUGUAUACCAAAUUGGGCAAGGUUCCCCCUGCUGUCAUUAUUCCCCCUGCUGCUCCCCUUUCAGGAAGAAGAAGACGACCCACUAAAAGCAAAGGCAGUAAAUCUAGUCGCAGCAGUUCCUUGGGAAAUAAAAGCCCACAGCUUUCAGGUAACCUGUCUGCUCAGAGUGCAGCUUCAGUUUUGCACCCCCAGCAGACCCUCCACCCUCCUGGCAGCAUCCCAGAGACUGGGCAGAAUCAGCUGUUACAGCCCCUUAAGCCAUCUCCCUCCAGUGACAACCUCUAUUCAGCCUUCACAAGUGAUGGUGCCAUUUCAGUACCAAGCCUGUCUGCUCCAGGUCAAGGGACCAGCAGUACAAACACCGUCGGGGGAACAGUGAACAGCCAAGCUCCUCAAGCCCAGCCUCCUGCUAUAACAUCCAGCAGGAAGGGCACGUUCACAGAUGAUCUGCACAAGUUGGUAGACAAUUGGGCCCGAGAUGCCAUGAAUCUUUCAGGCAGGAGAGGAAGCAAAGGACACAUGAAUUAUGAGGGCCCUGGAAUGGCAAGGAAGUUCUCUGCACCUGGUCAGCUGUGCAUCUCCAUGACCUCAAACCUGGGUGGCUCUGCCCCCAUCUCUGCAGCAUCAGCUACCUCUCUAGGUCACUUCACCAAGUCUAUGUGCCCCCCACAGCAGUACGGUUUUCCAGCUGCCCCCUUUGGCACCCAGUGGAGUGGGACAGGUGGCCCAGCACCACAGCCACUUAGCCAGUUCCAACCCGUGGGAACUGCCUCCUUACAAAAUUUCAACAUCAGCAAUUUGCAGAAAUCCAUCAGCAACCCCCCAGGUUCCAACCUGCGGACCACUUAGACCUAGAGACAUUAACUGAGUAAAUUUGGGGGCAGGAGAUGGAAUGCUGGGAGUGGGGGGGGGGUGGGAAAGUAGCCUAUAUACUAACUACUAGUGCUGCAUUUAACUGGUUAUUUCUUACCAAAAGGGAAUGUUUUUAGUACAGGUUUGAGUCUUCACAAUGGACAGAAUCUCCCUCCCCACCUUCAUCAUUUAUUACAGUGAGACAAGAAAAGCAGCUUUCUUAGGAUGGGGCAGUUUUAGACUAUGCUUUCCUGUUUCUCUAUACUUAACAGUGAGGGCCAGGGAAGAGAAUUGUGUUUAUUAGGAAGCUACUAGAGAGCUCAGUGUAAAACCAGGCCCUAUCUGUAUUUUCAGGUCACUGAAGCUCUUAAUUUUGGUACCACCCCCAAAUCCUUUACUCUUCAAGAAUCUAGACCACAAGGCAAAAAAAAAUCUAUUGUGCUCUUUCCUGCCCUGCUUCCUUUUUUUUUUUUUUUUUCUUUUUAUUCCUUAGAACCCAGUGAAAAAUACCAGGGGACUGGGGUGGCAUCCUUUCCUAAGAUAGGUCAUUAGUGCUUUAAGCAAAAGAUAUUAGCAGCUUUGACUGCAGCAUCAGCAAUUAGGAAAAAAAAAAGAUUCAGUUCCCUGUGGACAUGUAACUUUGCCAUCAGUUUUGAUGUGGAAACACUGUGAUAUAUAAAUGUUGUUGGACAACAGUAGUUUUAAGAGAAAAUACAAAAGAUUUAAAAAUUUCAAAAAAAAAAAGCUAGCUUUGUCCUUUACUUAUUGAAACACUUUAACUUUUUCCUUUGUAUUUCCAUUGUAUUAGAUAAAUAAAUGUGAAUGUAAAAUUGUAUAAAUUACUGUACUUGAAUACUUCUGUUCUCCCAGUAUCGCUUGCUGGAUAUUUUAGUGCCUUGGACUUCUACUGCUUCUGCCAUUAGCAUCAAUUUCUCAUCAGACCCCAAAUCAGCAGAGGGCAUGUGGAAGGAACUCUUAGGUCCAUGUGACCCCAGCAGUGGAUAUGCCAAAGGGAAAUUGAGAGGUGUUUUUGUUUUUUAAGUCAUUCAGCAAUUUUGUCUAGAGCAGGUGUAAGAUGAGCAGGGUGAGAAGUUAAGUUGGCAUCAAUGGUUGACAGCAGAAAGUUCUGUUUUGGUAACAGUGAGGACAGGAAUUGUAACAAAAUUGGGCAAUUAAAAUAUAAAGGGUGGUGUGUAAUGAGUGAAAGAAAAAGAAAGGCUAAAGCAUGGGGAAACAGACUUGUUUUGAAGCUACAUGAUGCCUGGCUAACGAUUGCCACAUGCCUUACUUUCUUGAGCUGGGCUUGAACAGAUGGGAGACCUAGAAGAAAUGGCGGAACAUGAAGGGGGUUGGGGGGCUGGUUUUUAAGUUGGUAAAUGUGAUUGUGAAAAGUCACAGAUGGAGAAAGUUGCUCUAAGAAAAACUGUUUGGAUUGCUUUCCUGUUGUUGCUCAUGUACCAUGCAUUUCUCAGCUUGGGGUACUAUCUUCUGUGGAAAAUAGACUCACAUCUGAAUUAAGAAUUAUAGGAAAGAAUGUUUAUUCCUACCCAUUUUCCUAUAUGAUGCCCAAAUGGUUGCAGGUUUAUAAUCUAUUGUGCCACCUUUAUUAUUUCUAGAAUUGCAACUGAUAUUCUCUCACAUUUUCAUAUAAACAAUAUUUCCCUUAAAUAACAACUGCAGCCAACCAGUAUUAUUUAGUGCUAUGUCUAGUGAUGGACAAUUCUAUUUACAAAGCUUUCAGGAAAUAUUAUCCUAAUUGGCUUGUUUGGGAUCUUUAUCAUCUCUGAAGAUGGGGAAGAAGCUAGGACUCUUAAUUUUUUUGGGUGCUUCUAGAUUCUUAGUUGGGAAAUUGGAAUAUUUCCAACCUCUUACCCACCUCAAUGGCACAUCCCAGGAAUCACCAUAAAAAUCAGAAGAGCCUGGUUCCUAUUUGGAUACUGUUUGUUCCUUUAUGGGCCAUGUUUUCGUUAAGUUGGCUAGGCCCCAGAGAUCUGAGAUGAAAGCUGAAGGUUUUAUGAGAAGUAGAAAUGACACCGACAGGGUUCCAAGCCCUCCUUUUAAAAUUGUUUGUUUAUUCUCUGCUUAAAAUUCUCGGGGAGAGGAUAAGAGUAAGGAUAGAACAAAAAAGGUGCCAUGUAAAUGAGAAAUGGACCACCUAAGAGGAAUGAAACAAUCUUUUCCAUCAGAGAACGAGGGAGCCAAAUGCAGCACAUUGUUAUUUCAUUAUUUUGGUUUAGUAAUUUUGAGAUCUCUUCACUCAUACACAAGAACAACUGUUUUCAUUUACUAUUGAUUUUUUUCUUUCUCUCCUGUGGAUGAAAUAACUGAAGCCUAGAGGAAUGAACUAGUGCUACUGAACUGUUUAAAUUAUUUUUGUGUUAAUAGUACACUUUGAGUAUCUUUUUUCCACAUUUAAAAAAAUCUUUCUGAAUUAAAAAUGUUUUCCUUAUAUUUAACAAUGUACACUGUUUGAAAAAAUAAUAAAAUUAAUUCAAACCUUGGGGGUUUCUCAGCAGCCGUUAAUUGUACAUUUUGCACUAACUCUGGGUGUUGCGCUUCUUGUAAGAUUGCGCCUUGUGCUUCGGUUUGUUACCUUUGUAGACUUAUUUAAUGAAACCAUUCAAAUAAACCAAACUCGCUUUUGUUGA